AUGCUUUUCCUUUUCUUUGGUAUUUUAAUAGCACUUUUUCAACUUUUGCUUUUUUAUAAUUUUUAUUGGAAACGCCGUCAUUUACCUCCAGGCCCCACACCUUUGCCUAUUGUUGGAAAUUUGUUAGAGUUGGGCAAAAAACCUCCGGGUUAUGAUAUUUUUCUUAAAUGGAGGGAGGAAUAUGGACCUAUUUAUACAUAUUGGGUCGGAGAACAACCUAUGGUUGCUUUUACUGAAUAUUCUUUAAUUAAUGAAACUAUUGUGAAAGAUGGUGAUAAUUAUACAGAUAGAGACUUCUUUCAAGAUUUUUAUACUUUAGCACGUGGUGUGAAUUUUUCUUAA